AUGGCUUCAAAAAACAUGUUUGACCUCCUCAACGACGAUGCGCAGGACCAGGAGAUCAAGGUCCCCGCCAUUGCCAAGGCUGCUCCCUCCAAGCCAGCCGCAAAGGCCACUCCCGCCGCUGGUGCUGGUGGAGCUAGUCGGUCGGCUGGCGGAGAUAACAGAGGUCCCCGCAAGGAAGGUGGUGCUGGUGGUGCUCGUCAGAACAGACCCAGACCUGCCAACAGCGACGCCAACGAAGCUCCUCGCGGACCCCGCUUCGAUCGUGCUCCUCGCGGUGAGGGAGAGUCGACUCCUCGCUCCCAUGGUACCCGUGGUACCCGUGGUGGUCGCGGUGGACGCGGUGGUAUCCGUCACGGCGGAUUUGACCGUCACUCUGGAACCGGCAUUGUUGACAGUGAAAAGAAAGAGCACAACCGAUUGGGUGAUGCCACCACCGCUCCCCUUGAAGGCGAAAAGGAUGCUCAAGAGAUCGCCAGGGAAUCUGCUGCACCUUCUCCCGAGCCUGCCGAACCCGAGGUUGCUGUCAAGACCUUGGAUGAUUACUUGCAGGAGAAGGCCGCCAAGGCUCUCAAGCUCUCACUCCCCGAGACUCGCGCUGCUAACGCUGGUGCCGACGACUCUAAGUGGAAGGACGCUAAGGUUCUCGAGGUGGAAGUGACGGUCGACUUUAUCAAGAUGGGCAAGGACACCGUCGCAAAGUCUCGCAAGGUCAAGAAGGAGGGCAAGGUUUUGAUCACGGACAUUGACUUGCGCUUCACCGAACCAGCUCGUGACCCCGCCCCCCGUGGCGCCUUCCGUGGAGGCCGUGGCGGUGGUGACCGUGGUGAUCGUGGCGGUCGUGGCGGACGUGGAGGAGCUCGCGGCGGUCGUGGAGGCAGCAGCAACCAUGCCUCGUCUGGACCUCGUCGCAGCGGCGGUGGUGCCUCUGUCAACGUCGACGACACUGAGCUCUUCCCCAGCCUUGGAUCCCAGUAA